CCAAGACACUGAAGCAUGCACCAGUUUAUUAAUGAAACAAAGGAUGGUAACUUUGUAGCAGAGUUUCUGAAAUUUAUCCAGUUAACAGCUUUUCUUUCUUUGAAUAGAUUAGCUAUGCAUGAAGAGUCAUCGAGUCGUCGCAAGGUUGACGAUGAUGUGCAUGACGGUGCUGUCCCUGCAUAUCUGAUGGAUCGUGAAACAACCACAAGAGCCAAGAUUCUUAGCAACACAAUAAAGCAAAAGCGGAAAGAGAAAGCUGGAAAAUGGGAGGUGCCUUUGCCUAAGGUUAGACCUGUGGCUGAGGAUGAGAUGUUCAGAGUGAUAAGAUCUGGCAAAAGGAAGACAAAGCAGUGGAAGAGAAUGGUUACAAAAGCCACCUUUGUCGGAGCAGGGUUUACCAGGAAACCUCCAAAGUAUGAGCGGUUCAUCCGCCCGUCAGGCUUACGGUUCACUAAAGCCCAUGUGACACACCCUGAACUUAAAUGCACAUUCAACCUUGAGAUCAUCGGGGUGAAGAAGAAUCCGAAUGGUCCAAUGUAUACUUCACUAGGUGUUAUAACCAAAGGAACCAUUAUUGAGGUUAAUGUCAGUGAACUGGGUCUUGUCACUCCUGCUGGGAAAGUUGUAUGGGGUAAAUAUGCUCAAGUGACUAAUAAUCCUGAAAAUGACGGUUGUAUCAAUGCAGUUCUCCUCGUGUAGUACCUUCUAGUAGAGAAAAUUUUGGUAAUUGUAUCAGAAUGGAACAAUUAUAUUUGGUGGAAAGGAACUUUGCUGUAGCUCCACUAAAUUUUUUUGGAUGUUUUAACUUAUUUACCGGUGUUUAUGUCAUUGGCAUCACCUUGUUUUUUCUCAUUGUUGCAA